UCUCACGAUCGCUGAUUUCUCGUCCUUCUCAAAGGACGGGAAAAGACGCGGCGACAGCCAGCGUCAGGCUUUCUGAUUAAUCAGUCUAAUUAACUUGGUGUGUGCUAGACGCAGUCGCGAAACGUUGCUGGUCCUUUGACAACGUCUCCAUCUCGCACGUUCUCGUGUGACAUAUUCGCAUAUGACCGAAACACGCGAAUUAGGAAUGGCGCAGCGCGCCAUUUACCUGCAGAUAUAAUUAACGUGAUCUAAGGACAGCCGCGGGAUAGCGAGCGGUCGCGCGUCGGGACAUCUUCAUUGACGAAUCGUUCGACAAGGAACGUCUUAAUUAAUAAUCACGCAAAGCCAUUGAGAUUCGUGUGCCGUUUCGCAUAAUAAGGGAAGCGAUCGAGGGGGAAGAGAAAAGUGAGAUCGAUAGAGAGAGAAAGAGAGAGAAAGAGAAAGGAAAUCAGAAAGAAAGAAAGAAAAAGAAAGCAAGAGAAGCAGACAGAAAAGGAGAGCAGAGGAACAAAGAGAGACAGGAGCUCCCGGGUGCUACUUCGUCCUCCUCUUCGUCUACUUUUUAUCGUUUCGUGAGGGCCCGAAAAAGAGUUCUCACGCCGCACGCGAGAGAGACCCCGAACACGCACGCAGGCAAGCACGCACGAACGCACGCACGCACUCACCCCUCCGAGAGAAGUAGAAAGCCCGCGGCGCGCGAGGGAUCUUGAUUUCUUCCUGCUCGUUGAUUUUUUCCCCUCUCUUCGGACCUCGCUGGCCGUGCCGAGACCCGACAUUGUAACGCGUGAAGAUACGCGUCAACGCGGAGGAAGAACGUGGAAAAAUUACGCGUAGUCGGAGCUCGGAACCUCACGAUGGAGUGCCGCAAGGGUCGACGGAAAGGAGGAGCUCCGAUCCUCGGCAGUCUGCUACUUGCGUGGUUCUUAACCAACGGCUGCGCCGUCGUCGCACGAAAUAUAGAGAGGUACGACACCGCAUACGCUUGCGAGGGCAAGACGCUGGAGAUCGAGUGCGGCGAGGGAAAACUGAUCCACCUGAUACGGGCGAACUAUGGCAGGUUCUCCAUCACGAUAUGCAACGAGCACGGGAACACCGAGUGGAGCGUCAACUGCAUGUCGCCCAAAUCGUUCCGCGUGCUGAACAACGAGUGCAACGACCAGCAGAACUGCAGCAUCGUUGCGUCUACGCUGCAAUUCGGCGAUCCUUGCCCGAAUACACACAAAUAUCUCGAAGCGCAUUAUCGAUGCGUAUCCGCGGCCACUACCACGACGACAUCUCGGCCGAGUCCGCCGUGGUUCAUAACUUCGCAGCCGAGUGUCUGGAGCACCGCUAAGCCGACUGUCAGGCCUCCCUCGAGGAUUACGACACCGGCACAACAGCCACACCAGCAGCCACCGGCGCCGUCCACCCCAGCAAUGCCGAUAACGACGCCGGCGAGUUCUACGUCAACAAGGUCCUCUGCCGACAUCGAAGUCGAUGAGGAAGAUCAGGACUUAAUACCUCCUGCGAAUGGUUCUCCGGCGAAUGGCCCGGCAAUGCCGCCGAUUAUGUUUGAGACCACUCAAGCCACGACAACAUCUACCUUCGCUCCUUGGAGAACCAGCCGAAGGACCACCGUACCUAGCACGCUGUAUCCGGAGUCCACUUCGAACGGAAGCCCGUGGUAUGACUACAGACAAGUGUGUCCUCCGGUAGUAGCCAGGAACCUGUCCUGGAACACGACCAGAGCCGGCGACGUGGCCGUACAAAGCUGCCCCGGCGGUGCCAAUGGUCUGGCCAGAUGGCGAUGUCUGGCCCGCGGAGAAUCCGCUUUCUGGCAUCGCGACAAUCCAGAUCUGAGCGAGUGUCGAUCUGUCUGGCUGACCACCCUGGAAAACCGUGUGACGGACGGUGACGUGAUUCUCGGCAUCAGCAGGGAGCUCUCGCAAGUCACAAACAACAGCCGCGGUUUGUACGGCGGCGACAUGAUGAUCACUACAAAGAUCAUCAAAAACAUGGCCGAGAAGAUGGCCCUGGACAUUAAGACCUACCAAGAUUCGAAUCAGAGGGAGGUCAGCGUCACGGAGCUGCUCCAGGGCGUAGUGAGGACCGGUAGCAAUCUGCUCGACAAGGCGCAAAUGGCGUCCUGGAAGGAUCUUAGUCAUCAGGAACAGAUGAGGGUCGCAACGUCGUUGCUGAUCGGUCUCGAGGAGAACGCCUUCUUAUUGGCCGACACGCUUCUGCAGGAGAAGACCAUUAUGCAUGAAGGCAAAAACAUAUUGAUGGAAGUUCGCGUACUGGACGCGCGCAACAUCGGCAACGAGCUGGAAGUUUUCCCGAGCGAAGCCGCCCAGCAAAGGUGGACCGUCUCGAACGAUCGCGUGGAACUUACCAGGGGCGCUUUACUGGACAACAGCGAGGCCGGUAUCGUCCGGCUGGUCUUCAUGGCCUUUGACAGACUCGAGGAGAUACUACAGCCGCAAGCGGAGCCGCCGUCCGUCGUCAUGAACGACGAUCCCCAGCCACUGCCGCGAAGGAACACCACCCGUCUCCUCAACAGCAAAGUUAUCUCGGCGUCCUUGGGAAAAGGCCGGCACAUACAGCUCUCGGAACCCGUUCGGGUAUAUUUCAGACAUCUGGCGGUCGAGAACGUCACCAACCCCACUUGCGUCUUCUGGGAUUACAUCUUGAGCGCCUGGUCGGACGAGGGAUGCCAGAUACAAAAGACCAACGAGACUCACACCGUGUGCGAAUGCAAUCACCUGACGAACUUCGCCGUGCUGAUGGACGUGCACGCCGUCAGGCUGGACAUCGCCCAUCAGGUUGCCCUGCAGAUCAUCACGUAUAUAGGCUGCAUCAUUUCCGUCGUCUGUCUCGUCCUGGCCAUUCUCACGUUUCAAUUAUUUCGCGGACUGAAGUCGGACAGAACGACGAUCCACAAGAAUCUCUGCGUGUGCCUGCUGAUUGCCGAAGUACUUUUCGUUUGCGGUAUCGGCCAAACUAAUCAGAGAAUCGUUUGCGGCAUCGUGGCCGGCUUAUUGCACUUUUUCUUCUUGUGCGCAUUUGCCUGGAUGUUCCUCGAAGGAUUUCAAUUAUAUGUGAUGCUGAUCGAGGUAUUUGAAGCGGAAAAAUCGCGGCUUCGAUGGUAUUAUCUGGUUGCGUAUGGCGCACCGCUGCUGGUCGUAGCAAUUUCGUGCAUAAUCGAUCCACUCAGCUACGGUACCGAUCGGUACUGUUGGCUGCGUGCAGAUAAUUAUUUCAUCUUCAGCUUCGUCGGACCUGUGAUACUCGUUAUACUGGCAAAUCUGGUAUUUCUAUCGAUGGCAAUCUAUAUGAUGUGCCGACAUGCGAACACCACCGUGGCUAUGAAAAGCAAGGAGCAUUCCCGAUUGGCUAGCGCAAGUGGAAAGGAAGAGAAUGCUCUUCCCAACAAAUUGCAAGCGCACUUGGCCUGGCUGCGGGGCGCUAUCGUGCUGGUGUUUCUACUAGGUCUGACCUGGACGUUCGGGCUUCUCUACUUAAACCAAGAAUCCGUCGUGAUGGCGUACAUCUUCACCGUAUUGAAUAGUCUCCAGGGGCUGUUUAUCUUUGUGUUCCAUUGCGUACAGAACGAGAAGGUGAGGAAGGAGUACCGAAAGUUCGUGCGUCGUCAUUCUUGGUUGCCGAAGUGCCUAAGGUGCUCGAAGACUGUGACAGGCGGCUCGGCUGGCUCCACUGGCGGCACCGGCGGCACCGGCGGUGCCAACGGUGGCAAGGACUUCGCCUCGCACAACACCUCGUCGAACCCCUCGGCUCCUACCACUGACAGCUCCGGACUGUCGCCUCAUGCAGCCACCAAUUACUUGGUAUCCGGUCGAAGCUGGGCGAUAGUCGAUAGGCAGCCGGCAGUAACGGUGCCAGGUGAACCCGCCUCGACCGAGGCUCACAUCGUGGCCACCCUGCCGUACGCACGUCACGCCUUCUUACCCUCAGCUCCCAAUAUCCCCAAAUCUGCCACCGCCACUUGGGGCCACCUUAACAAAAACCUCAUGUGGAAGAACAUUUCUUUUAAGUCUUACUCCCGCGAUUCCGGACAUGGCGGCUCCGAGCAGGAGGAUUCCCCGCGGACGCACAACACCCUGACGCUCGGCCACUCUGGUAGAAGACGCGGGCCGAAUGAUGCAAGCGAAAUGAACACCGGUACCAGGACGAUCGGCGGUAGACGUGCCGCGAUGCCAUACAACCAUACGUAUACCGAAAUCGUAGACGGUCGAGGCAAUGGCGGCAUCGCCGGGCAUCAUCAACUGCACGGUCACCACGGCCAGCACGUACAUUUGCCGCGCGGUCUUGCCAACGAGGAUGAUCCAGUGUACGAGGAGAUCGAGCGUGGUGGCGGCGGUGGUGGUGGCGGUGGGAACGGCAGCGGUAACGGUGGCAUCAGCGGUGGAAUCGGCGGUAUCGUCGGCGCUGGCGAGAUCCAGGUAUCAGAUAUGUCCGACGAGGACGGCCGUCGACAGAGCGAUAUGAGCAGGCAGUCGUCCAGGAGCUACGGCGAUCAUCGACCGCUGAUUCCGUACUCGCCCGCCACCGAUCGCAACCUGGUGCACUACGGCCAGACGAUGACGGAACGCGGCGGUAGUGUCGGUGGCGGCGGUAAUCUCACGCAUUACGACUCGACGGAGUACGGGGUGGAACGAACCCUGAACGCCUGUUGGGAGAAACUGCGCCGGCAGCAGGCCAGGUACGAGCUUGGGGAUCUGCCGCGGUUACCGGCAGCAUACGGCAUGCCGCCACAGCAGGACCACACGCGGACGGUGGCCGUGCUGGACGGGCACACCGUCGUCUGUCACUUACAGCCGCAGACGGACAUGUACACGGGUCGCGGUAUGCCGCCGCCGUCCUACAGCGAGUGUUAGGUUCCGACCUGGGCCGGGGAACCUCUCUCGUCCCCUCGCGAAAAAACGACGAAUUCGUCUAGGAGAUGGUGACGCCGACCAGCCAGAACAGCGUAAAUUGUCUGGUCCGGGACUACGUGGUGGUGAUGGAGGUGACGGUGGUGAUGGUAUCGACGAUUCGUUCCUGAAGAGAAUAAUAACCGAGGGGGACACGCGGGAGACGAACGUGCCGCUUUUUAGCUCAAGCGUAAGCGCGACGGUGUCUUGAUUCAGGUCGUCGCGUUUUAGCCAUAAUCGACGUAUCGCGAGCGUUCUAGAGAACGCCGCUCUUGUCUCCGUUCAGGUGGAAUUUUGAUCAGACGUCUCCUCGCGAACGAGCGGAGACGAAGAGAGAGCGAGAGAGAGAGGGAGAGAAAGGAUGGAAGUAUGAGAGAGAAUGAACGAAUGCGGAGAUCGGUAGGCGUCCAACUAAGACUGUCACGUCCAACGAACGCCCCGUUUCUCUUAAGAUAUAUCGUGUACAUGUGUGCGUGAAUGCGUACCACCGCGACGCGGGCUCUGUAUAACAAUUGUAGCGGACCUCUCGUUUAGGCUAAGUCGACGACGACGAUGACGACGACGACGACGACGACGACGACAACGACGACGAUGACGACGACGUGCCCGUCGUGGCCGGGCGUUUGGAAUUGGCGAACCGAGUGCGCGAAGAAAGAUCAGAACGUAGCGAGUCUUGAUGAAGACGAGAGUUUUUGCGAAGUCCGAAGCGAUUGCGAGGAGAUUGGCUUUCGAGAAGAUAUAUUCUGGAUUUAAGUACGAUGUUUUUGUAGAUUUCAUACGAGCGUAACGAACCAAAGUUUUAUUGUUUUGAUGUUAAAAAGCAGCUCGUGGAAAUUUUUGCAAAAUGUCUGUCAUACAUUAUUCGACACAUCAAUUUUAAACUUCUGUUUGACACAG